AAAGUUCAUUUUGAAAAGAGACUGCGAGAGCGAACAUCUAUUCUAUUGAUUCAAUAUAAUAUAUUAUUAUACUUACUCAAUUUGUUAUAGUAAAUUAUUAAAUGUAAACUAAAGCUCUACUUGUACUAUUAUAAUCGAAUAAUUAAACAUAAAAACGUAUUUAAUUAGAUUUGUACAUAGUUUAAUUUAUAGUUCAACACAUUUUCAAUCAAUUAUUAUUACAAAAUGUUGUUUGUUUCACGUUGCACAAGAUUAUGUCAAAACAUUAUACCAAAACACAAGAAUUGUGUACUAACCAGAGUACCUAGUCGAAAUGGAUAUAUUGUAUUAUUGCCAGAAAUCAGUAAAGAUUUAACAGAAAGUCUAUUACAAGUAAAUGCCGACCAUCCAAGUUUUACGGGCUUAGAUAUCAAAAAAUGUGAGAACACAAUUAGUAAUCAAUUUAUUGAUUUUGAAUGUGGCAUACGCGAUAUUGAAGAUUACCUCAACUCAGUUGAAGAUGGAAAAUAUGACUUAUUUAAAGAUGUAUUAGAACCGAUUGAGAAUCUUAGUCAUAAAUUUGAUCAAAUAUGGGCUGUAUUAAAAACAUUAUAUUUAGCUGACAGUUCAGUAAUGCCGGCUCGAAUAUAUUAUCCAAUACACAAUAAAGCAUGUAUGUCUCAUACAACAAAAUACAACAGCAAACCUAUUUAUGAAGCAUGUAAAAAAGCUGAUUUGUCUAAAUUGACAGAAGAACAAGUAGCAGUUGUAAAUAAAUUUAUUAAAGAAGGAAAACUCAAUGGACUUGAACUUAGUGAAAAAUUAGAUUAUUCAUUUAAAGCAAAUAAACAAAAAUGCAGCGCCAAGCAAAAAUAUUUUAAAAUUCGUUUAGAAAUGGCUUGGAGUCAGUUUCAACAAAUAAUAGAUAAUCCACAACUAGUCAAAGAUUUUCCAGAAGACCUUUUGACAUUAAUGGCACUAAAUAAAGAUAAUCCUAAGAAACGUCCGUGGAAAGUUGCCUUGACAUGGGGUACUGCGGAUAGAUUCAUUGAGUAUUGUCCAGACAGAGAUAUACGUUGGAAUGUUUGGCAAGCUUAUGAAAAGGCUGGUUCACCUGCUGAUGAAAAAAGAGAACUUAAUAAUGGUUUAGAAGUUGAAGAAAUCCGAAAAUUAAGGUAAAUUAAAUAAUAAUUAAUAAU